GCCAAUUUGGCUGAUCAACUCCGCGCUCCGAGCGUGUAAAGAUCCGGCUCUUCGACAAGCACUCGACCACUCAACACGACAAUGACCGCUCAGGAACCACACAGCAAAGGAGCAGCGGACGCAUCCAAAUGUCCUGUUGACCACUCGACAUUCAAGCACUUCCUUCCGAAAGAUGCGCCGACCGGCCAUCCAGAUCUUCCCGAGGGCCACCCUGCUGUCCCUAUGACGACUUCGGAGGGUGAGCCCACCAAGUGCCCUGUCUCUCCGGAAGCCCACAAGCACUUUUUACCUCGAUCUGCGCAGAAUAACACAGCAUCGGGUCCAUCAUCAAAUUCACCGUCAGGAUCAGAAAAGAUCGCCGUAGGAGGAGGAGAUACAGCACUGAAGAUCGACCCUACGAAUAAUAUGCCUGCAGCACCAGAUCAGUUUCGGACAGCGUCUCAGUCUGCCAACCUCAAUACGGAACGUGAGGUCAGCUCGAUUCCCAAGGCUGCGAAUGCCGCCGACCCCUACGGACCAUCACCAUCUGCUGCGGGAGCACAUGCACCAGAUCCGGAUAGCGAUCAGGACAAAGUGUGGAUCUACCCUUCGGAGCAAAUGUUCUUCAAUGCAAUGAAGCGCAAGAACUGGAGCCCUCGCGAGGAAGACAUGAAGUUUGUGGUCCCCAUUCAUAACAUGGUCAACGAGAUGGCAUGGAAACAUAUCUUGAGAUGGGAGAAACUGACAGAAAAUAACUGCGGUGGACCAAAGCUAGUCAAAUUCGAAGGAAAGCCAAAGGAAAUCACGCCCAAGGCACGGAUUCGCUCAUGGAUGGGGUAAGGACAUAGGCAUGAACAAUCGAGGUGUUGGAGAACAUUGGCGCCAUAAUGAAAAGUAAUGUUUUUCAAUUGCUCGUACUAUAUUAGAUACACAUUGCCAUUCGAUCGGCAUGACUGGGUCGUGGACCGAUGCGGAAAGCAGGUCACUUAUAUUAUCGACUUCUACUCAGGACAGCCUGAUCCCCGUUACCCAGAAGCACCUAGUUUCUACCUGGAUGUGCGUCCAAAGCUGACAAUGGACGGAGCAUGGCUGCGUUUCAAACGCUUCAUGUUUAACUAGGAGAUAGAGGCAUUGCACGCAUUGUUUUAAUCAAGUGUUCGUUUUAUUGCCGGCAACGCAUGUUACAAAAGAUAAUAAAAGACACAUUGCAUUCAAAGACAUGA